AUGCUCUCCACGCACGUCGCCGUUCGCGCCCCGCGCGCGCGCGCGCACGCGACGCGUGGACGCGUGCACGCCCGCGUCCCGGCGGCGCGACGCCCGCGCGCGGUGGUUACCCGGGCGAGCGACGCGACGGACGACGAGAUCGAGUUCCUGGAGAAGGCGCUCAAGCUGGCGAAGAGUCGUAAGGGCGCGAGCGGUGGCGGCGCGAGCGCGAGCGCGGGCGCGGGGUCGUACAACGGCGCGUCGUUCAACGUGAAGACGUUCAACGCGAUCAGCCCGGUGGGCUUGGGGAAGUUCCCGCCGGGAAAGUACGCGGUGAGCGGAGACGACGGUGCGUUGCCGGGUGAUCCGAUGGCGAUCAUGCUGCGAAGUCAUAAGCUGCAGGUGAGCGAGGUUGGACCGACGGUGAGAGGCAUCGUGCGAUGCGGCGCCGGGACGAAUAACAUUCCGACCAAGGAGAUGAGCGAACGGGGAAUCCCGGUGUUUAACACCCCCGGGGCCAACGCGAACGCGGUGAAAGAGUUGGUCGUGUGCUCUUUGCUCUUAGCGAGCCGCGGGAUCCUCGAGGGUAACAGACACGUGAACGAGGUGAUCAACGUCGAAGAAAACGGCGACUACGCGAAGAUUAGCUCUCGCAUCGAAAAGGACAAGGCCAUGUUCGGUGGCAUGGAGAUCGAGGGCAAGACGCUCGGUGUGAUUGGUCUGGGUGCGAUCGGUUCUCGUGUUGUCAAUGCCGCGCUCGGUCUUGGCAUGAAGGUCGUCGGUUACGACCCAGUGCUCUCGCUCGAGGCCGCCUGGCGUUUGCCGGGCGACAAGAUGUCGCGGGCGGAUGACUUGGACGAACUUUUCGAGAAGUCCGACUACAUCACCAUCCACGUUCCGUACAUCAAGGGUGUCACCCACCACUUGAUCGACGCGCGUGCGCUCUCAAAGUGCAAGCCGGGCGUUCACUUACUCAACUUUGCCCGCGGUGAAAUUAUUGACGGCUCUGCCGUGCGUGCGGCUUACGACUCCGGUAAGCUCACCGGUAAGUAUGUGUCCGAUUUUUCCGAUCCAGAUCUCAUGGGCCACCCGCGUCACAUCGUGCUCCCGCACUUGGGCGCAUCCACGGAGGAGGCUGAGGAGAACUCCGCCGCCAUGGCGGCUGAAACCAUGAUGGACUUCCUGGAAACCGGGACCAUCCGUAACUCCGUCAACUUCCCGACGACCAUUUUGCCGCCGCACAAGAACUCUUCCGGCGCGCGUUUGUGCAUCGUGAACAAGAAUGAGGCCGGUGCGCUCGGUGAAAUCACUACUUUCCUCGGUACGCAGGGGUGCAACAUCCUCCAACAAAUCAACACCUCCCGCGACGGCAUCGCGUACACGGUGAUCGAUUUAGAGAAAAUUCCGGCGGAUCCGGCCGCCUUACAAGACGCUCUUGCCAAGACGUGCCCGAUGGUCGUUUCCUCUCGAUUCAUCGGCUCCGUUUUCAACGACGAGCUCGGCUCCCCGGGCACGUACUUCUGGGUUCGCGACGCCACCGGCAGCGCGUAA